GUCGUUUGUUUUUGCUCGGCUGCCCCCGGAGCUCGGAGCUGCUGUGAUCGCUGGGAGUGGGAGGCGCGUGAGGCUGCGGGUGCUGCGUGUUCCGGCCGCUGGAACCCGGGAACCGUCGGGGCAGAGCGCUGCUCCUCUGCAGCCGCCGCGAUGUCAGCCCCCUGCUGCGCAGGCCAGUUGGCAUGCUGCUGUGGGUAUGCUGGAUGUGCCUUGUGCUGCAAAUGCUGCCCCCGGAUCCGCCAAUCCAGGAGCACCCGUUUCAUGUACGCGCUCUUCUUCAUCCUCAUCUCUCUCAUCUGCUGCAUCAUGAUGUCCAAAACGGUAGCCACAGAGAUGAAGAAACAUAUUCCCUUUUAUGAAGAUAUUUGUAAAGGCAUUCAAGCAGGGGACACUUGUGAGAAGUUGGUGGGCUAUUCUGCAGUUUACAGAGUGUGUUUUGGCAUGGCCUGCUUCUUCUUCAUCUUCUGCUUAUUUACCAUCAAGAUUAACAACAGCAAGAGUUGCCGAGCCUACAUUCAUAAUGGAUUCUGGUUCAUUAAACUUUUACUGUUGGUGGCUAUGUGCUCAGGAGCUUUCUUCAUCCCAGACCAGGACACAUUUCUGAAAGCAUGGCGCUAUGUGGGAGCCUUUGGAGCCUUUCUCUUUAUAGCAAUACAGCUCAUCCUGCUUGUGGAGUUUGCACAUAAGUGGAAUAAAAACUGGACUGCAGGCACACUUCAUAAUAAAAUGUGGUAUGCCUUUCUUGCCCUGGUGACCCUCCUCAUGUACACGAUUGCCGUCGGGGGUCUGCUUUUGAUGGCUUUGUUUUACACCCGGGAGGAAGAAUGCUUGCAGAACAAAAUUUUCCUUGGUGUCAAUGGAGGCCUCUGCGUACUUAUUUCCCUGGUAGCCAUCUUGCCGUGUGUUCAAAAUCGGCGGCCUUACUCUGGGUUACUGCAGUCAGGCCUCAUUAGCUGUUACGUCACAUAUCUCACCUUCUCGGCUCUCUCCAGCAAACCUGUGGAGACAAUUUUGGAUAAGAACCAGAAGAACAUAACCAUUUGUUCACCUAACUUUGGCCAGGAACUCUAUGAUGAAAAUCUGGUCACAGGUCUGGGUACCACGAUCCUGUUUGCGUGCAUCUUAUAUUCUUGCCUGACAUCAACAACCCGCUCGAGUUCAGAGGCUCUGAGGGGAAGAUAUGCCGCUUCUGAAGUGGAAGUAGCUCGUUGCUGUUUUUGCUUUGCUCCUGAUGGAGAAGCAGAUGCUGACGAACCUGAUGCUCGGAGGGGAGGACAGCAAGUCAUCUAUGAUGAAAAGAAAGGCACUGUCUACAGCUAUACCUACUUUCAUUUUGUCUUUUUCUUGGCCUCCCUUUAUGUGAUGAUGACAGUCACCAACUGGUUCAACUAUGAAGGUGCUCACAUCGAAAAAUUCUUCAGCGGAAGCGUAUCUUUCUUCUGGGUCAAGAUGACAUCUUGUUGGAUGUGUGUCCUGAUCUAUUUGUGUACCCUGAUAGCUCCUCUCUGCUGUCCUGCCAGAGAUUUCUCCGUAUGAAAGAUCCAAGAGACCUUCUUUUUUUAAUCAAUAACUGUCUUUCAGUUUGACCAAUCUGCCAACUCAAAGACUGUAUUUUUUUUUUUUUCAUUAGGCAAUUGGGGUUAAGUGACUUACCCAGGGUCACACAGCUAGUAAGUGUUAAGUGUCUGAGGCCGGAUUUGAACUCAGGUACUCCUGACUCCAGGGCCGGUGCUCUAUCCACUGCGCCAUCUAGCUGCCCCCCUGUAUUUUUUUAAAGUUUUUUUUUUUUUAAGUAAUGAUUAAUGUGAGUUAUGACUUGAGUCCUAAAUAACACCUGGCCCAAAGCAGGUGAGGAAAAACGAGCAUUCUGUGAGAAAAUUUGGAUUAUAUUGAGUUUUUUUUCCCAGUGGAAUGAUGAAAGAAACUAACUACUAGUGACUAUGGGAAGCAUAUAUAUAUUUUUUAAUCUUCAAAGAAAGAAUUGUUUGGGUCCAUACAGAUCAUAGAUAAUAUGUACUAUUCAUAUAUGCUUUUGACUUCCAUGACCUUUUAUAAUAAGCUGGUGCCAUUAAGUUCAAAUUCAACAAAUAUUUAUCAAGUGCCUACAAUGUGCAGAGCAGUAUACUACGUGCUGGGGGUGGGGGAUGUUCUAAAGAUAAGUAAGAUGUGGUCCCUGCCUUCAUGAACCUGAUAGUUUACUAGGUCUCACUUGACACCUAUACAAGUAACUAGUUAUAAUACAGCUUGUGGAUUCCAAAGGGCUUAGUGGGUUUGGGUUUUGGGUUUUUUUUUUUUUUCAUUUGUUUUCAGUUAAAAAAAAUUUUUCCUUAGAAAUCUGGCUGGCAAAUCUGAGAGUAUUUUAUUCUUUCAGCAGAUUUCUCUCCUCUCCCCCCCCCACCCCCCCCGCCUCCCCGAUCAAGGGUUCAGCAUAUAUUUUGUAGAGGAAAGAACAAGUUUCUGUAGUCUGAAAUCCGUGUUCCAUGUACAAAAACAUAUCAAGCAGCCCAAAGCGCAGUCUUUGGACUUAUCUGGAAAGGGAGUUCUGGGGCUGAUUGACUCUGCUCUUGAAACACUACGACAGUUUCUGUCCUUUGAAGCAUGGAGUUCUGGCCAAUAUUCUUCAUUGUUUCCAACUUCCCAAUAUUUAGGGAUUGAAGGAGGGAGUGCCUAUUUUCAAGGCAGGUAAAUCUAUCCUUCAAGGCAGGUGAAAUCUAGUGAUUUUAAUCCUUUAAACAAAUCCUAGGGAUUUUGUUUUAAUUUUUUUUUUUAGUCCUAUUUCCCUGUGGGCCUUAAGUGUCUUUCCCUGAACUUGUGAUGCUGGAAAUCACAGGUAUCAUUUAUUGCCCUCCUUGUUUCCCUGGGCCCUCUAACCCUUUCUCUGCCACUUCUUUGUUAUAAUGUGAAUAAGCACAAUUUAUUGACAACAUGGUCUCAUCUUAUUGUUAUUACUUGAUCAAGCAAGGUAUUGCAAUAAUUACUAUUAUUUGUAUUGUUGCAUGCAUGAUUUCAGGAUAACUACAAAGUUGUCUUUUUCUAUACCUAAACUAUGUAUGGAUGCUUAAGGUGUUUUUUUUAAAAUUGUAAGUAUUUUUAAUAAUAUUCUUAAAAGGGCUUAGAUACCCAAAUUGCUUUUUGGCUGAAACCUGCUGGGCAUGUGACUCUCUUCUUUCCUUUGUCCUUUCCAACAAAUUAGUUGUUUCUGUGCAUAAGAGGGCUUUGAUUUCAUAGCUUUGGUUAUGUUCUCUACACCAUUACUAGCACCUUUGUUGUUUUUCUGGGGGAUCGUGUCCCAAGAGAACCUUGGGGCUAGGGUCAAAUAGGUCUGUUGUGAAUGUGAUGCUUAGACUUAAGAGGAGAUCCCUGUAUUUUAUGAGAAAGGAUAGUAUUUGUCCAGUUUACAUAAAGCAUCCUUGGGCAUUUCACCAGAUCACUGCUUUAAAGUGCUUCCUUUGAGAAAUUGGAUUUCUGGCCAUUGUACAAGGAAGAGAGACUCUUAUUAAAAUAGCCCAGAGACAUGAUCUGCUGAAUAACCCCUGGGUGCUUUAUGAUACAGAUGGGAUGGGGGAAAUCUAUACACUUGGCAUUUCUAGAGUUUCCUAAACCAUUCUUGGCCUAGAAAUGAGAACUGGGGGAAAGCAAGAGAAGAAUAAUAUGCAGAACAGCUGGGAGGGGCUCUCUUUCCCCUCCUGUGGCUUGGGAGGACAUUCUAAACCAAGAGAUUUGUUAAUGAUGCUCUCAGCCUUCCAAACAAAACAAUUUUUCGUGUAAAAGACCUAGUAAGUGGAAGUAGCUUACAAUAUGCUAAAUACCAGGGUUAGAAAUGAGCAGCAAUCAGAUCAUGAAUCAAAUGGGAGCAUAUAUACAUUCCAUUUCUUCUCUCUUUGGCAUUCUCCUCUUUCUGUAUUAUUCCUCCUCUUCCUCCUCUCCCUUAACCCCAUUCACCAGUCUGUGAUAAUGAAUGGAUACUUCUAGAAGUGUGGGUAUGACUCAUGCAUACAGAUGCACAUAUAUGUAUAUGUGUGAUGUGCACACAUAUGUGACACAGAUACACAUGUAUUAUGACACAAUACACACAAUUAUGGUGUGUUUAUAUUGACUACAGUAUUCAGUUUUUAGAUGAUCAUAUUGAGUUUUUCCUCCUGUGAAAUGAUGAAAGAAAUAACUACCAGUCACCAUUUUCAAAACCCUUUUUUUGUUCUCAUCUUAGAAGAAUGAAUUGUUUGAAUCCACACUAAUUAUGGAGGAUAACAUUUUACGUCCGCUUAUAAAUUCCAUCAUUUUAUAAUUAGGAAGUAUCACAGGAGCAGAGGAAAAAGGGGAAAGAAUUGAUCACCGUACAACUUGGAUUCAUUUGGUGUAGUGACUUGAAGUAAAUAGAUAUAUACUAACUCUGGAAUCCCCUGCUUUUGCACACAGCUUUACAGCUUUGAAAAGUAUCCAUAAUCGUGGUCAUUGUUAACAGUUUAGAGGCACAGUAUUGUCUUGAGAAUUUAGAGAGUUCCUCAGAUUGGGG